GUGCGUGUCGAGCCGAAGACGUUUUUCGCUAAUGAACGCACAUUGAUCGAUUGGUGCACUGUAUCCACAAUUCUUGGUUCUGUUGCAGUGGGAUUAAUGAACCAUGUCAGUCAAAACUUUCAAGUUGCCGGAAAGAUCCUCAUGCUUCCAGUGCUUUCGUUCUUUUAA